GGCAUCCGUUUCGUGACGUAGUAAAUAAACAAGAUGGCUACUUCCAUUAGCAAAGGUGCUGCGCUCACCAAAGCUGAUUACUUAAAACGAUAUUUAUCAAACGACGACGAUGGCAAGAAGUCGAAAGAAAAGAAGAUUAAGAAGAAACGACCGAAACCUACAGGGACAGGUAUGAAAAUUGUGGAUGAUGACAUUGACUGGAGGCAGCUGGCUGCUCUGAACGAAGAGGAAAACAAAGAGGAAGAUGAGGAGGAAGCGCCUGUGAUCGCAGAAGUGAUAGAUGAACGGCCAGAAGAUGUUAAGCAACUUGAGGCAUUCCAAACUAGCAAGUGGAAACUGAUGGGUGCAACAGAGAGUGAGCUCCAAGAAGCUCAGGACUCAGAACUAGAUGGAAGCUCAAAUGCUGACAGAGAUCACAAAAUACGACAUGACUCUCCAGAGAGCUCUCCUGUACAGAGGUCGAAGCAUGAUUCACCUGACCUCUCACCCAAGAGGCUUCGACAUGACUCCCCGGAUCUCUCCUCUCAAAGAAAAGGUCGCCAUGAUUCGCCGGAUCUCUUACCGAACUACAAAAACAGACGACACGACUCCAGAUCGCCUUCCCCUCCGAGAAAGGGCAACAAGGGCUCACCCUCCAGAAUUCAAAGGCAACACAAUAAAGAGUCCCCGCAUAGAAAAAAGACAAAAGGUGCUUCAGCGGGUGACCUUUCACCUCCCAGAAGACGAGCCCGAACAGGAAAAGACUCCGACUCGGACCAGUCCCCUCCACGCAGACGUCCUCAGGGGCGACAGGGGGCAGACUCUGAUUUAUCUCCACCCAGAAAGAGAGGCCAGAAGGGUAGAGGUUCAGAUUCAGAUCUCUCUCCCCCCAGAAAGAAGCCACAGGGAGGCCGUGGAUCUGACUCCGACUUGUCUCCACCACGAAGGACACGCUUACCUGAUGGACAGGGUCCUCGAAUGUUGUCUGGUGGAGCUGCUGGGUUGGUCUCUGUAGACGUCCUUAGGAAAGAGCAAGAAGAUAUUCGCAGACGGGAAAAGCGCAACAAGCCUCUUGAAGAGGAAUCCAGAAAUGCAGAGACGAUUUUUCGAGAUAAAUCCGGUAGGAAACGUGACCUGGAGUCGGAGAGAGACGAACUUCGCAGAAAAGCUGGAGAGAAGGCGGAGAAGGAUGAGAAUUAUGCUCAGUGGGGAAGAGGGGUUGCACAGGGUGAAAUGCAGCAGCAGAAUUUGGAAGAUGCCUUACGGGAGGUUCAGAAGCCCUUAGCGCGACACAUUGACGAUGAAGACCUGGAUCGCAUGCUGAGGGAGAAGGAAAGGGAGGGAGACCCCAUGGCUGCCAUGCUUCGUAAGAAGAAAGAGAAAACUGCACAAUCAAAAGGGAUAAAAGAAAAACCUACUUACAAAGGCCCGCUCCCUCCUCCAAAUCGCUUUAACCUUAUGCCCGGGUAUCGCUGGGAUGGAGUGGACAGGUCCAACGGGUUCGAGCAAAAGCGCUACUCCAGGAUAGCUGAUAAGAAAGCUGUGGACGAGAUGGCAUACAAGUGGAGCGUGGAGGACAUGUGAAAAUCUACAACUUUGAGAGAUUCUUGAUGUACAAACUGUUCAAUGGUGACAUAAUGACAUCAGUAAAGUUCCCACUACACCUGAAUUCAAUGCAGAGUGAAGCUUCUUUUGAUGAAUCGGGAUGUUUGAUCAUAUAAAAAGAUUGUUUGCAAUGAUCGGUUGUGUUGUUUAUAAGAAACAUGUUUACUUAUUAAAUGUUACUUUUUUAUACAAA